AUGCGCUGCCUCCUGCUACUUGGUACCUUCAGCCUCCUGGCGGUGGCCCUGGCGGCCGAGGUAAAGAAACCGGCAGCGGCCGCAGCUCCGGGCACCGCAGAGAAGCUGAGCCCCAAGGCGGCCACCCUGGCUGAGCGCAGUGCCGGCUUGGCCUUCAGCCUGUACCAAGCCAUGGCCAAGGACCAGGCGGUGGAAAACAUCUUGCUGUCACCCGUGGUGGUGGCCUCGUCGCUGGGGCUGGUAUCGCUGGGGGGCAAGGCGGCCACCGCAUCACAGGCCAAGGCGGUGCUGAGCGCGGAGCAGCUGCGCGACGACGAGGUGCACGCGGGCCUGGGCGAGCUGCUGCGGUCACUUAGCAACUCCACGGCACGCAACGUGACCUGGAAACUGGGCAGCCGCCUGUACGGCCCCAGCUCAGUGAGCUUCGCUGACGAUUUUGUGCGCAGCAGCAAGCAGCACUACAAUUGCGAGCACUCCAAGAUCAACUUCCGGGACAAGCGCAGCGCCCUGCAGUCUAUCAAUGAGUGGGCGGCGCAGACCACGGACGGCAAGCUGCCCGAGGUCACCAAGGAUGUGGAGCGCACGGACGGCGCCCUGCUGGUCAAUGCCAUGUUCUUCAAGCCACACUGGGACGAGAAGUUCCACCACAAGAUGGUGGAUAACCGUGGCUUCAUGGUGACCCGCUCCUACACUGUGGGGGUGACGAUGAUGCAUCGGACAGGCCUCUACAACUACUAUGACGACGAGAAGGAGAAGGUGCAGAUCCUGGAGAUGCCCCUGGCCCACAAGCUCUCCAGCCUCAUCAUCCUCAUGCCCCACCACGUGGAGCCACUCGAGCGUCUGGAGAAGCUGCUGACAAAGGAGCAGCUGAAGGCCUGGAUGGGGAAGAUGCAGAAGAAGGCUGUCGCUGUCUCCCUGCCCAAGGGGGUGGUGGAGGUGACCCACGACCUGCAGAAACACCUGGCCGGACUGGGGCUGACUGAGGCCAUCGACAAGAACAAGGCGGACUUGUCGCGCAUGUCAGGCAAGAAGGACCUCUACCUGGCCAGCGUGUUCCAUGCCACUGCCUUCGAGUGGGACACAGAGGGCAACCCCUUCGACCAGGACAUCUACGGGCGGGAGGAGCUGCGCAACCCCAAGCUGUUCUAUGCCGACCACCCCUUCAUCUUCCUGGUUCGAGACACCCAGAGCAGCUCCAUGCUGUUCAUUGGGCGCCUGGUGAGGCCCAAGGGCGACAAGAUGCGAGACGAAUUAUAGGGCCCUAGAGCAUGCAGGGAUGGCAGGAGGCAGCCUGAAGGCUCCUGAGACACAUGGGUGCUACUGGGGAAGGGUACUACCAGCCUUGGGUAUUCUACGGGGUGGGGGUGGAAAAGGACCAGGGUUCCCAUGUGUCCCAGUGGACCUGCCCAGCUAGAGUCCACUCCGCAUGGACCCGGGCCCCCAGAAACCAUGAUGCUGAGCCCAGAGACGCCACACACGGUGGGAGCUGGGUGUCUGAUCCUGCUCUAUCUUCAAAGUCCUAGAUCCAGCCUUCCUCAACCAGCCAAUCAGUGUUCCUAUUUAUAGCCAGGUGCUUUCAAAUCUGUGAGACCAUUGAGCUAGGGGGUUGGCCCAGCUACCACCACCACCACCACCUCAGCCCCACCUUGGCUCCCCAGACCUCUCCCAGCUUCCCUCAACUACAAAACUAGGUGCUGUAGCCCCUGGGACCAGGCACACCCAGGAUGGCUUAGGUCCCAGUAACGAGUGGGAAAAACAGCUCGAAGGAGGGGCUCCUAGGCAGACCCCGGUUAAGAAUUGUUACAUGGGGCAUCAUGGGGAUGAACGUUUUAUGUUUUCUUUUUUUUUUUUUUUUUUAAGUUUUUCAAAGAUGGGAAGGGGAAACAUGAGCCUUUGUUGCUGUCAAAAUGAGAACUUAUUUGUACAAUCAUUUUUUCAAUAAAACUUUUCCAAUGAAA